AUGAGUGUAGCUUAUACUAUCAGCAUCGCCCCAGGCUGGGUAUUCGGCUUUGUGACCACUGUGGUCGAAACCAUUCUGGGAUUUGGGCGCGCCAUGGAGAUCAAUGACGACCUUCAGGCCGGUUUCGCGAGCCCAGUCGAUGGCAGCGUCGAGGUAUACCGCCGCACCUUGGGCAUACGGUCCCCACGGUUCUACGUAGCUCCAGUAUCUUGA